UAAUAUUCUUCAGCAGUUACCAACAAAGAUCUCCAGAUGGUAAAUUGUACCACAGACAGUGUGAGAAGAUCUAGAGAGGAAAAAGAUGGCAGUUCCUGCCUACACUUGAGUAAAUUUUGCUUUUGUGCUCCUCGUAUAACAGAUGUCUUCUUCUUUAUGCAGGGCUAUAACUGAAGUGCAAGAUGGCACGAACCAGCCACAGCAACUAUGUCCUUCAGCAGCUAAACAACCAAAGAGAGUGGGGCUUUCUCUGCGACUGCUGCAUUGCUAUUGAUGAUAUUUAUUUUCAAGCACAUAAAGCAGUCCUUGCUGCGUGCAGCUCUUAUUUUAGGAUGUUUUUUAUGAACCAUCAACACACUACAGCCCAGCUGAAUCUAAGCAACAUGAAGAUUAGUGCUGAAUGUUUUGAUCUCAUCUUACAGUUCAUGUAUUUGGGAAAAAUUAUGACAGCCCCUACCAAUUUUGAGCAAUUUAAAGUAGCCAUGAACUAUUUACAGUUGUACAAUGUACCUGAAUGUCUAGAAGAUAUACAGGAUACAGACUCAUCUAGUUUAAAAUGUUCAUCUUCUGCUUCUAGCACCCAGAAUAGUAAAAUGAUAUUUGGCGUGAGGAUGUAUGAAGAUACGGUUGCUAGAAAUGGCAGUGAAGCCAACAGGUGGGGCAUGGAGCCGCCAAGUUCAACAGUAAAUACGUCCCAUAACAAAGAGCCCGAUGAAGAAGCUUUGCAGCUGAGCGCUUUCCCCGAACAACUAUUUGACGUCUGCAAAAAAAGCAGCACGUCCAAGUUCUCUCACACGAAGGAUCGCGUGUCCCAUUCCCGCCGUUUCGGAAGGAGCUUCACCUGCGACAGCUGCGGGUUCAGCUUUAGCUGUGAAAAGUUACUGGAUGAGCACGUGUUAACGUGCACCAACAGGCAUCCUUACCAAAGUGCCAGGUACUACGGUGCUGAAAAAAGUGACUUUGGCGAAAAAGACUCUUCUAAACUACUCUCUGGACAAACAGAGAAGUAUAAAGGGGACACAAGCCAAGCUGCUGAUGAUUCAUCAUCUCCCGUGUCAAACAUCACAAGCAGAAAAAGCAGCACGGUUGCAUCAGAGACAUCAGGUGAAGAAGGAAGCAGGGCCUCUGAGAGGAAGAGGAUUAUUAUCAAGAUGGAACCAGAGGACAAUCCCACCGAUGAGCUGAAAGAUUUUAAUAUUAUUAAAGUGACAGAUAAAGACUGCAAUGAGUCUUCUGACAACGAUGACCUCGAUGAUGAACAGGAAGAGCCGCUUUACAGAUACUACGUUGAAGAAGAGCUCAGGGAGAAGAGAAAUGCUCGGAAGACUUUAAAGCCCCGUUUAUCCAUGGAUGAGGAUGAAAGAAAGUGUUUAAAAAGUCCCCGGCACCUUAGUAGGAAAGCUCCUUCCGUGCAGGAAGAUGUGGAGAAUGCUCCCUGUGAACUUUGUGGGCUAACAAUCACCGAGGAAGAUCUAUCUUCCCAUUAUUUAUCCAAACACAUAGAAAAUAUAUGUGCUUGUGGCAAGUGCGGUCAAAUCUUGGUCAAAGGUAAACAGUUACAGGAUCACGCACAGACCUGUGGAGAACCCCAGGAUCUGACCAUGAAUGGUAUAAGAAAUUCUGAGGAAAAAAUGGACUUGGAAGAAAAUGCUGAGGAACAGUCAGAAAUAAGGGACAUGAUGUUUGCAGAGAUGCUAGAGGACUUCAGGGACGGGCAUUUCCAAAUGAACAGUCUUCAAAAAAAACAGUUAUAUAAGCAUUCUGCGUGUCCUUUCCGAUGCCCUAAUUGCGGCCAGCGUUUUGAAACUGAAAGCCUAGUGGUUGAACAUAUGUCAAGCUGCCUAGAGCAAGAUCUGUUUAAGAAUUCCAUGAUGGAAGAGAACGAACGAGAUCACAGACGUAAGCAUUUCUGCAACCUUUGCGGGAAAGGCUUCUAUCAGCGGUGUCACUUGCGGGAACACUAUACUGUUCAUACCAAGGAAAAACAGUUUGUUUGUCAGACAUGUGGGAAGCAGUUCUUAAGAGAACGCCAGUUGCGGCUCCACAAUGAUAUGCACAAGGGAAUGGCCAGUAGUGAAAUAGGGACUUCUAAGCUUCUGAACAACUGAGAGAACCAGGUUUGAAGAAGACAUGAGGAAGAACCAUUCGGCAAAAGAUGUCUUAAAAACUCAGAACCGUGUGUGUCAGAUCUGACUUGGCAUCAUCAUUGCUUUUUUGACAUACCACUUGCAAAAGGCGCCAAAGCAGUCAUAUUAGAACACUCAGUUAAAGCUCUUUUGGACUCUUUUCUGUUCUAUAAAACUUAUCUCCUUGUGACUAUCAUUUACAUAUGUGAAAAACUAACUGAUGUCUCCUUUCGCAGAGCAGAUAGCCAAGAGGCAGAUGCCAGGUGUUAAAGGCAGCGCUCAAAUGAGUCUGCAAAGGUUGUUAAUCACAUUGGACUGCUCCUUUUUCUGAAAUGAGGCUUACUGACUAAAGCUGGUCAGAAUUUUUAGCUUAAACAUUAGAAAUGUAUACGGUGAACUAAAACUUAAGAAUUUUUCAGACAGUUACAAUGCU